UUCAGUUGUUUCUUAUUAUUGGUGUAUACUUGUAAACUUGUGUACUGGUGUAUACUGAAAUAUAUUUUUAAAAGAUUAUUUAAUUUUGUGUGUCGAUAUGUUGGUGAAACUCGCCCUCGCCGCCGUAUUGGCAGUUGGAGUUCUGGGGCGCACAGUACCCGAGGAGGAGAUGUGGUUUAAUGCGCUCCUUACGACUGACUUUUGCGACGAAAGUAGCCUUGCAGCGCAAACAUCAGUGAUAGCUACCAAGUAUUCAUUCAAGGACUGUCUGACAAACGUGUAUUCUGAUGAGAAUUUCAUGAAUGAGGUUAGACUAGCGAAGUUCUUCGAUAACCAGGCCAAAAUGGUUAAAGCGUACUGCGACAGAUCAGCACAGGUGAAGGCCUGCGCCCGACCACUUUUUAGACAUUUGACGACGUGCUUCACGGCUAGUGGGUUACGCACUGCACAAAAAGAUUUUGACAAAAUGAUCGACUUCUUCUGCCUUAACGAUGGAGCUAACACAAACUCGUUCAUUAAGGAAGGUGGUUCCGGGUGUCUGGAACAGAAGCGAUCAGACUUCGCAUCCUGCAAAAAUAACAAGACAACCGAGAUCACUCGGCUCAUUGGUGUAUAUGGAAGUGGGCCGGCAGUUCCUGAAAAGGAGAAAUGCAAACUAGAGAAGAAAGAAAACGAAUGUGAUUUUGCUGCAGUGAAAAGCUGCGGGAAACCCAAUCUCGAUAAACUUUUGCAGCAACUACUUAAUUCUAUCGAUUUGAACUGCGAAGAAUGUAAGUGGGGUUAUGAAUUUUACGAAGAACUUAAAAAGUUUAGCCCUAUACUAAAUGUACGGGCAUAUUAUUAUAUUGUACUAACCUUAAGGUCGCUGCACACAGACGAAGAAGACGUGCAGUCGCAGUCGUGCACGUCUGACACAUCCGGUGUGGCUCCAAAAUAUAAAUUAAAACCCAGAAUUUUUGGCUUUUCUUAA